UGCCGGGUGCGGUCCGUGCGGUAUUACCCUAGAACCCCUAGACUGCCUAGACCAUCGACAGCUUUACAUUUUAAAUUCAACCGACCUCAAAUCUUGAACUACUUCCCUCACUAUGGAUAAAAUUCCACUUUCGUUGGAUAUGUGUCGGGUAAGGUACCUAUACUGUCAAGUUGGUGCCAUCUGGACAGAUGGGGUCACUGAAGGGUCACUGUGACUUACUUGUCAUACAAUGACAUGUAGUGUUCGGAAAAUGUAACUAGUCUUCAACCUAGACUAUAAAAACUAGGAUCUUCUGGUCUUUAACGUAUGUCCUAGUGUGCCACAAAAGUAUAAUGUGUUAUCUGUUGCAUUGCCUGAGGGGGCAGUGCCUGCAAAAUAGUAACAUUUUCAUGUCUCUUUGAAGUUCGAUAUCUUAACGUCAACCCGCAGCAAAUGCACAAAGAUAAAUCCAGAAGUCACGGGAUAUGGAAUGUUACGUUGGAUUAUGAUUAAAAUUUUCCGCCUCCUUAAUUUACUUAACACGAAAAUGGAAUUCUUUAAAAGGAAAGCGGGAGUUCGACUUUACAUACUGUGGUUCGCCUGCUGAGUCAGAGGGUCAGUCAACCAGUGUUAAUUGUUUACCCUGCCCUAAGACCCCUCCCAUGCCUAGUUCGAGUUGGUCCGAAACGGAAAACUUGUAAUGAAACAAACCUCGGGACUCAAACCCCGCAGGGUUCGUCCAUAGCAAAUGGUGCCAAAACGUAGAUAUAUUUUAUAUUGCUCGGGCUGAAGGCUUGUAAAGUGCGCUCAGGGUAACCGUAGAUACCAUUAAAAACAACUGCUCAUACAAUAGCUCCUUUCAAGACUUUUGAGGCUGUGCCAGGUGUUAGGCUUCUGAUGAGGUCACGCCGCGCGCGUGGUGCCUAUGUCGUGUUGUGUAAAGUCCUCGCGCAUGUGCAGUGCGAGCCGCCCGCGCGACGCCGCGCCGCCGUCUGUGAGCCAGGGCUGCCCGCACACUGAACUGAACAACCCAAUAUCAAAACAAAUGGAUUUAAAGAAAGGCACUCAUAGAGUGCCACUCCCAUUAAUUGGGUAAGUAUAAUCAUAAUUAUGGUCUAAGUAGAUUAAAAUUUUGGUAUUACGAAGAGAAAGCCAACAAAAAAUCAUGUUUUGUCAGACCUACCUGACUACCUGUUUCAAUAUACUUCAAACCCAAAACUGGAUAGAUGAGUGCAGAUUACCUAUUAUUAUUAUUAUAAGGGAUGUGUGACCUGUGAGGUCACUCGCCCUGGCCGGCGAGUCCGCGGGAGCCGGGCAGCCCUGCGGAGGGAGUCCGCAGGCGCCGGAGUGUCGCGCACUUGUUGCGACGGCGCGACUCUCAUCUCCGACACCAUUACUGCUGUGUUCCAACUACCGACACACACCGUGUAGUAAUAUGUACAACCUAUACACUGUACAAAAAUAAAAGCUACAUAUCAAUAUAUUUGUUACCUCCUUAUCCAUUGAUGAUAUGAUUUUCGGAAGAGUUGUAGCUAAAAUUAGUAUAACAUGAAAGAAAAAUACAAUUAACGAGUUUGAUAACAAUAAUUAGCUGUUGUCAAAUUUAGAUUUUGUCUUAACGCUGGUCGGAUUACUUGGGCAUAGCUUAGUACCUACAUGAACAGUUGCGAAAGUUUCGUGGUCGCUUAGACUGUCACUACUGCGUAGCACACAGCCCGACACAGUGUGGCAGCGUGUCACGCGUGUCGGCGAGACAGGCGGCGGCACGUUAGCGAGAUGUCCGCGCGACAAACGCGAGUGCGACCACGCCGGGCCCGCACUCCACACUUGUAGUUACCAUAUGAGUGACGCGGAGCAUGCUGGCAAGGCGGGCGCCAUCUCUCACUAGCUGAGGGCUCACGUGGCGGGCUGCACGAGCUUCACACAGACCCCAGGGUGAGUCGGGGACUAUUCUACAAUAUUAACACUCUCCUGCACCUCUGAGAGAAACGUUUGUACUCGUAUUUGUAUUUAUGGAGGUUCGAAAUAGUGGUUACGUCGGUAAAUCCUGUGGACUGGAUUAUUCAGAGUAUUAGAUCGAUUGAAGCUCCCAGUCGGAGCAGCACCGUCCAUGUAAUUAAAUUAUUGUCACUGGUAGUCAAAGCGCAAAUCACUAGUGUGUUAGAUGAUAGCUGACCACAUCGAAGUGGUUUGUACGGUCUAGGUGUGGUGGAACCACCGCAUUGAAUAGUUUUCUAAAUAAAGAAUCGUUUUCUGCAAUCCUCAGGCGCACGUUUCUUGUUUCGAUGAAUGACUCAUUGCAAGUACAGAAGAGCGCAAUGAACUUUCAACUUGAAAUAGCUCCGGUUGUAAUAGUUAGUGUCCUGAGCACGUACACAUCCUGAGUUGUCCCCGUCAGCGCGGCGCUAUGGGAGUGCCGGCGGGCCCGCCGAAGGGCGUGCGGCGCCCGAGCCACGCCGCCUACUACGUGGCGCUGGUGGGCGUGUUGUCGCUGCUGCUGCUGCUCUGCCUCUACUUCUUUUACUACUUCAUCAAGAAGGUCAAAGAGCUGAGUUCUGCGGAGUCGCUGUCUCUGCCGGGCACGUCGUGCCGCCCGCCCGCAACCACCACAUACCCCGUGCAGCCAGUGGUCCGCGACAGUGCGACGGCGAUGGCGAAGCUGUGCCGCGCCGUGCCCGCGGCCGGCAAGGGCGACACCGUGUUCCCCACGUCCACCUCGCCCGCCGCGCUGCGCACCGACACCGGCGCCCCGGCCGGGCCUCCCUCCGGCCUGCCCCCGGGCCUGCCCGCCGGCCUGCCCGCCGGCCCGCCUGCCGCCCCGCCUGCCGGACCGCCGGAGCCGGCUCCCGCGGGCGCGGACCCCCCGCCGGACAAGCCGCCACCCGCGCCGGUCGUGCCGGUGGCCGCGACGGUUGAGGUCGCCGCACGGUAA